UCAGUAUACAGUGUGAGUUGUAUCCUUGUUAUAAAGUGUUACCAGAAAAACAGCUGCAAGGUCGAGGUUUUUAGGAUCCCAUGUUGUUUUGCUCUUUCUAAGAAUUUGCAACCAUUCAAAUUGAAAGAAAGAUAAACUGUCACAGUGACGAGAUUUCUAGAAAUUCUCAGGACAUUAACACAUCACAGCAGAUAGAAGGGCACGUUUUUAUCUGAAGUAAAUAAUGACCGUUAAGAUGUUUGGGACGGACUUUAUCACACUCAGGCUAUUUGCAUGGGACAAGAGUCUUCUAUUGAUGGUCUUUGUGAGCUCCACACAAUGAAUGGAUAUCUCCCCCUCCUCUCAUGCGCCAAUUCAGAGAGUUUCAACCAAUCAGCAGCCUCUGCUCAUUGUGUACAAACAGAGCACCGUGCGCCCUGCAGUCCUUAAAUCUCCCCGCAGCUCUGUGAUGACCAGGAGAGACCAGAGGGAGACAGCCAACAGCAGCUUCCCCUUAAACUACACCAAAAGUCCAUUAGGAGCAUUUGGAGGAUGAAUCCCAUCAGGCGCAGAGAGUCGGUGUGUAGGAGUCUGUUUGGCCCAGUGGACCACGACCAGCUGCGCCGAGACUUGAAGCUGAAGCUGAAGGAAAUCACUGAGCAGGACAGCCGCCGCUGGAACUUCAACUUCCAGACUGACACGCCACUGCCUGGCAGGUUUCAGUGGGAGGAAAUCCCCGCACACUGCGCUGCUGCUCUCUACCAGGAGUCCGAGGAGAUGCAGGACGCAGCUGUCUGUUCUCCAGACACUGAAGGUGAUGACAGGCUGGGCGCAGCGACCAACCAGGAGAACUGCCCCAGUAUCUCCAACACACCCAAGUGUCCCGCUGAAGUGACGCCCGUCCGGAGGAAGAGGAGGCUCUCAAAGCCGGCAGUCAAGCCCAGAAGCAAUACACGAAUUACAGAUUUCUUCGUAAAGAGAAGAAGGACUUCAGAAACAAAGAGCGUCCUGAAUCCUUUUCUCACAAGUUCCAGUGAAGCAGCUCUGUGCAAAACAAUAAGAUGAACAUGCUGAAAAUGGACUAUUUACAUUUCUAUACAUACAUUUCCAUGGACUGGACCAUGGUCUAAUUUGCUGCACCAAAUGGAUUUUAUUUUAUUUUAUUUUAUUUUAUUUCACUUAUUUUAUGUUCAUUUAAUUUUAUUUUAUCAUCAAUUUUGGCAUUUGUGCCAAAUUUGUGUGGAAGUUUGAGUUAUUUAUUUGAUUCUAUUUAUGGACACUUUUAUUUAACAUUUGUUUUUGUUUUUCAUCAGUAUUGUUUUGUUUUGUGAGACUGAAUAUACAUUUUCGUUUCUGUAUGUUUCAUCUCUUUGUCAGCUGUUUACCUUGUUAGUGAAUUCUUGUAAUAUACUGAGCUGCUGCUGUUAACUGUAUAGAAAACAACUAUUUUGUUCUCGUCAUGUUUGCCUAAAGUUAACUGAGAUUCAGAACAAAUGAGCGUGUACAUGUCUAUAAA